GGGUCUGACCCGCUGCUGUGCGUCUGUGUCCGGGUGGAGCGCUGCGCCUGUGCCCUUGGAGACACGGAUCACCCGGUUCAGUGGAUUAAAAACUUUGAAUUUCUGGAUAUUUUCAUGAAACAGCAGCGAUGCCCUGUGUCCAAGCCCAAUACGCCUCCCUCCCCCACGACCUCUCCUCCCCCUCCUCUUUCUCCUCUUUCUCCUCUCCCUCUCCCCCCUCUGAGCUCCUCAACGCAGACCUGAGCUCCAAACUGCUCAUGGACCUCCAGAAGGAAGACCCCACCGUGGACUCCCCUCUCCCCAGCAUCAACACACUGGUCGGGAGCGCGUAUGUCGGAGAAUUCGAUACUUAUUCCUGCAAAAUCACCACGUCUCCUGCUAUACCUUGUACCUCAUUCAGCCCUGGCCCUCAAACCUCAAAUCAACCGUUUAAACUAGAUGAUCUCCAGGUUUAUGGAUGCUACCCAGGAUCCUUUGCGCUCCUGGAUGAGACCCUAUCAUCAUGCGGAUCCGAUUAUUACGGAAGUGCGGUCUACGCUACAGGAUCAUCUCCGAAUUUUCCAAACCAAUCCACACCUGUUUGGGAUUCAGCGUUCCCGUCUUACCAGUCUACAGACAAAACGCAACAGCUAUCAUUUUGUACAUUUAGCCAGAGUUUGGAACAACAAGGAGAACAGUAUUUCCUGCCUCCGCCGCCUCUGCAGCAGCAUGUGUUGUCCAUGCAUGGUACCCCAGUGUCCCGGGACGCCUUGAUAGACAGUCCCGGGCCAGUGGACGAGGGGGCGGGGGUCUCUCCAAAAAGCCAGAGUCAUGGGGGGAGUGAGGGGAGGUGUGCAGUGUGUGGAGAUAAUGCGUCGUGUCAACAUUACGGAGUCCGCACCUGUGAAGGAUGCAAGGGAUUUUUCAAGCGAACAGUGCAGAAAAAUGCUAAGUACGUGUGUUUGGCCAAUAAGGACUGCCCCGUGGACAAGAGGAGGAGAAACCGCUGCCAGUUCUGCCGUUUCCAGAAAUGUCUGGCUGUGGGCAUGGUCAAAGAAGUGGUCCGCACAGACAGCUUAAAGGGGCGGCGUGGACGUUUACCCUCCAAACCCAAGACUGCAGAGCCCUCCUCCACCACCCCCUCCGUCAACCUCAUCUCCGCUCUGGUGCAGGCCCAUGUCCAGUCCAACCCCAGCGCCACAAAACUGGACUACUCCAAGUACCAGGAGAGCGUGGAGAAGCCCUUGGGGAAGGAGGACGCGGGAGAUAUUCAGCAGUUUUAUGACCUUCUAACGGGAGCUCUGGACGUAAUCAAAGCUUGGGCUGAAAAUGUGCCUGGAUUCACCGAGUUCUGCUCCGACGACCAACAGCUGCUGCUCGAGUCCGCCUUCGUCGAGCUUUUCAUUCUCAGACUCGCCUACAGGUCUGAGCCAGAGCAGCAGAAGCUGGUGUUCUGCAGUGGUGUGGUGCUGCACAGGCUGCAGUGUGUCAGGAGCUUUGGAGACUGGAUCGACUCCAUCUUGGAUUUCUCUCAGAGUCUUCACCGAAUGAACCUGGAUGUGUCCUUGUUCUCCUGCCUCUGUGCCCUUGUCAUCAUCACAGACCGCCACGGCCUGAAGGAACCCAAGCGCGUGGAGGACUUCCAGAGCCAGCUUCUGUCCUGUCUGAGGGACCACGUGAGCGUGACGCAGCCCAACUACCUGUCCCGUCUGCUGGGGAAGCUGCCCGAGCUCAGGACCCUCUGCACCCAGGGUCUGCAGAGGAUCUUCUACCUCAGACUGGAGGAUCUGGUGCCUCCUCCGCCCAUCGUCGACAAGAUCUUCAUGGAUACUCUGCCUUUCUGAAGCCACCCACACAAACAUGGACGCCUGACAGUGAAACGCACUUAAUGUGAAGAUCCGUUUCUGACUCCUGACCAGCUCGACGAGUAGCACUGUUUCACCGUGUCAGAUUCAGAAACACUAAAGCAGAGCCAUACACUCUUAUCAAACAGAAGUCUCAACAUCAAAGCCUUACAGACAGAUGGGAAAAGAAGUCUUCAUCUUGGACCAAAGAUUAUGAAUAAAACCAAAGUUGCACAUUUCCCAGUCAUCACCAGUUCUCUGUUACUAGAGUGAAGUUAACCUGAACUUUAACCUGGAGUGUUCCCCAAGUGCCUUAAAAUACACCAAACCACUCUAUUGUAUGUUUGGUACACACAGCCACAGCCUUCCUCCAGCAGACUGAAGAAUAAUGGAGGAUUAUGGGAGAGGUGUCGUGUCUGGAGCUGUAGGGGUUUCUGGGUAAUUUGAUAAAGAACAUACAACAGAGAACACACUAGAGAGAGACGCAUGCACUGCACAAAUCAUCAUCCUGCAUGGCUUACAAUGACUUGAAUUCACAAUAUUUUGAUUUGGUUGGUUUUGACAAGUUAAGAUGUUUACUUUUCAAGAUAAUUUAACCUGUUUCAUGGCAUUCGUUGCAAUUUCAGGCCCCAUUUCCGUGUUCAGACAAUAAAUAAACAAACAUUAUGUAAUUUCUUUCAUUACAGCUGAUAAAUAGAUGCAUCCCUACUGUGAGCGGACUUGCCUGUUCAUAGACCUGAUGGGUAUACCGUCUGCCUGUCUCCAUGGAGAUGUUGUUGCUUUAUCUGAAAUGUUCAGCAGUAUAGCUUAAACUUAUGUAUCUCCAUAGAGACGAGCAGAUGGGAUGGCAAGUGUUCCAUAGUGUGUCUUUAAAGGGCCUAUUUUACAGUUUUCUGAUCUAUGUUAUAAUGUUAUUUCUUCUCUCAAACCGAAAACGCUUUGUUCCACCUUGUGAUGUCAUGUGGUAAUACAGGAAGUGCUCCACUGUGUGUUUAAACUCCACACACCUUCACUUGAAUCAUUAAUCUCUCUAUUAAACUAAAAGUAAAACGUAACUGUUAAAAACUACCACUAUAUGACAUCACAAGGUGGAGAUGUUUGUCACUCAAACAUGUGUGAAUGAAACAAAACAAGAGUCCAUUUUCCGUAAUAUAGGACCUUUAACUUGAAAUACUGGCUAUUUAUUCAAAGUAGUCAAAUAAACUACAUAAAAUCAAGUACAUAAUUAUAUUUCUUACAUCUUUAUAAUCUCAAAUUAUUCAAAUUAACAGUUUAAUAAUUCAUUGUUUGGAGUAUACAAUCUUAUUAUGUCCUUAAAAACGUAGCAUUUUGGCCUGUGUCUCUCCUCCACACGAUGCAUUGCAAGAACUUGAACUGAACAGACAUGGCCUACUGUCGGGAUGAGUAACAAUAUGUUUCUAUGACAUGUGAGAUGUUUCUUAUGAAGUUGAACGAGCAGCUAAAGCAUUUCUGAGUGAGAUAAACCUGUUUAUUUUACCUGCAGCUUGAUAAUGAGAUGGAACAAUUUUGAAUGUUUUUGAAGUUAAUUAUGCAAGAAACUGUACUUUGGAAUGUAAUGUGUUUAAAUGUAUUUUGUUGGCUGUUGGUUUGUCUUGAUAAAAAAAAAAAAAGUUUAUAAAUUGUAAUUAAAAUGAAAAAGGCAAAAUUACGUUCCCUAGAAUCAAGUACAAUUAUUCAUACUUUUAACUCUCGUGUAAUGAGGCUUAAAACAACCACUGUGAGAUAGAUAUUAAAGCUACCAUCUGUAACUUUAUUUGAUUUAUUUCUACCAGCUGAUAGCAAAUGUGAAACCUGUCCCCUCUCCCCUCACCUGGCUUUUGUUCAGACUCACCUGUGGUCUCCGGUCUUCUUCUGUCAAGCCAAAGCUGCACACUGUCAGACUGCAGUAACGUAGACAGCAUCUAAUGGUGAUAUGUGAAACUACAACAGAGCUGCGUUGGGCACUAUAAUUGCAGAUGGUAACUUUAAGAUAAGAAAUGAUCAGAAUAAGUUUGUCUUUUAAAAACAUGGAGGAGUACUUUUUGGAUUUCUACAUAAUGACAUCACAAGAUUGAAUCAAGUGUUUUAGGCUAAAGCUUCAGCAUUUUCCACACCAGUAUGCCGGGACAGCAGUCUAAAACCAGAUGCCCAGACUUUCCACUUCUCCUCCCAGCUUCCCAGAGUUCUUCCGGGAGGAUCCUAAGGCGUUCCCAGGGCCUCCUCCCAGUGACAUAUGUCUGCAGUGAUGAAGUUACCGGUCAAUCUACGUUAACAUUCCUACUCUCACCAAUAGUUGUGAGCUUUGGGGAAUGACCAAAAGCACAAGAUGGUGGUUGAAAGUGGCUAGGCGCUCCCUGGGCAAUCAGCUCAGUCACAUGGGAGGAACUCGGAGUACAGCCCCUGCUCCUCCGCAUUGAGAGGAGCCAGCUAAAUGAGGCUCGGGCAUCUGUUCUGAUACUUCCGUACUAAAUGCAGGAUAGUUGAAAUAAUUGAAAGCUCCAGUUUAGAUUAGGGAGCAUUAUAACAUGGUUCAAGAGUCAAACAGGUGCCUAAUCCUUUCGUAGAGAGUCCUGGUGGUGCAUUUAAGACCUCUAUUUAAAGCAGCAAAUUUGAUAAUGUUCAAAUGCUUGUAACAAUGAUCAGGCCGAUUACCAUACAGCACAUUGUAUAAAUAACAUGGAAAGUAAUAGGCUCUGGACUAGCGGUGUCUUUAACCACAAUGGCCUCACUCAUUUAGAUAGUCCUGUGAGAUUAAGGUUUAGGCUCUAAAUACCAUGUCUAAUGUUGACUAUUAAUUACUUGGAUUCAGAUUUUGGCGAUAUUAGUGACAGAAUAGUUGGCAUGUCUCACAGUCUCUCUGUAUGGGUUUCUUCCAGUGCUCAUAAUUUAAAAAUCUAUUUUAAAAUAUGCUGACUUAGUUAAUUCUCCAACUGCUCCUCCUGAACAGACUUUUGGCUCGAUUUCGACACGGGUCCCAGUUCACUGCUCCACUGGUUUCUUUUUGCGGUGACAUUGAUGGAUGGGUCAAAUGCAGACGCCUUACUUGCUCUUAUGCUAUACCUUAAUGCUAAAUGCUCCUAACAAUGUGCUGAAAAGACUCCCUCCUCUUUUCCACUUGUUCUGUCACAUGCGGUGUUAAUAUUGGCACAGUUUUAAUCAGAGGAACCUUACACUCCAAAACCUGUCAUCUGAUCCUACUGUACAGAGCGUCCCGGAACCCUGGCACUGUGAGUGGAAAGGCGCUGCAGAAGGGUGGGGUAUGAAAGGGCUGCCCUCAGUAUAUUACAUUACACAUGGCAGGUCCCUGAUUCAGACAGGAACAGGAGCUGAGCAGUUUCAUAACAAGGGAUUCAGUCAAUGAUGCAGUUUAUUAGGGGAAAUUAUGGAUUUAUUUAGCAGGCAAUGCUCUAUCUGAAGCUCUGUUACUCAAGUUUUAAGAUUUUUAGACUUUUGUCCCUUUCACCUUUUUGUUGAAAAUCAAACUCCUAAACUGGAAUGUUAACACACACACAUUGAUCACAGGUUCCUGCAAGUGUUGUUUAAUUCAAUUUUGUAUUUUUUCUUGACUUUUCAGACGAACGUAAAACUUUUUUUUUGGCAGUGCUAAUGUGUGCAUUGUGUCACCAUGGUAACUGCUGAACAUUCCGUCAUAGACAUAUCCUAUAGGCAGAACACACCCAGCGAGAUGUCACUGCAAAGUAUCAAUACACUGAUUUGAAACUAAAUCAAACAGCCAAAUCUGAACUGAUUUACUUUAUACUUCAUAAU